UAUGAUCAGUCAUCGCUUAGUCGCGCGAGGAUCAACUGGUUUUUUUCGCUGUCUACAGCCUAUUUGAGAAUUUGUGUCGUUUCAAAAUGAAAACAACAACCUACUUUGCCAUGUUUAGCGCAAUCCUCGGAGUUUCGUGCUGUUACGCUUACACCUUCCUGGCGGUGGAUGCUGUGAACAAAGAUUUUCCGGGAGAAUGCUACGACAGUGAGACAAAAAUUCACUUCAAACCUGGUGAAACCCGCCAGCGACCGAAUCGAUGCGAGGAGAUGACGUGUGGAAGUGAUUUUACGAUUUCUUACUUCGGUUGUGGUUUGGCCAAAAUAGACGAUCCUAACUGUGUACAAAUUGAGCAGGACUUCAGCAAGGACUACCCAGUAUGCUGUAGGAAAUAUAAAUGUGUUGUCGAUGAAAAUAUUACCUAUGAUUAACUUAUUAUUUUUUGGAACCAAUUGGCAGAGCAAAAUUUGAAUCUUGAUUUGUUUUUAAUAAUCAAGAAUAUUUGAACUUAGAGUGAAAAAUGUAAUGCUACACACAAAAAUUGGCUGUUCAAAUUUACUUUUAGUUUGAUCUAUAACACAAAUGUUUUUGUACUCAAUUUGAAUAAA